CAACCCUCUAAUAUUUUCUCGUUCUUUUCUCUUUGCCUCUAGAUUUCUGCAGAUCUAUUACUCAUGUCUUCUUCUUCGCCGAUUCUGUUAGCUGAAUCAAUCAGGUCGUCCGACGAUCUACCUAAUGAGGUUGGAUUCAGGUCGGUGUGGUCUUCUUCGUUCUUUGAUCCGCGUCUUCUUCUGUAAUUUUGCGCAAGUGUUGGAUUCAUAUUUUUCAAGUUAGAUCUGCUAUGAUUUCCUGUAGUCUUGAACGGGAGGAAUAAUCUUUCGAAUCCUUGUGGCUAUGAGAAUCAACAGCCUUCUUUGGAGAUCGGUCUGCUCAGGGAAGAUGCUGAUGAGCUUUGUAAUAUAUGGUGUAUCGGGAUGAUCCAUGGAGGCUUUUGGUAUCUCUGAUAUGUUGUUGUGGUAAUCUGUUUAGUGGAUGUGUAAGAUGUCAGGACAAAAUGGCCUAAUUCAGGGGGCUGAGUCCUGUUCUAUCUUUGUCAUCCCGACCUUUGCCAUGACAGGUGCGCUUGCAUGGCAGGUCACCAUAUCUUAAUAAAAUUUAUCUUUUUUGGGUUUGGGGGGAGAUCGCAUGGGGUUUUGCCCAGGUUCUCCCCUCUGGUGUGCCGUGUCCUGCUCCCUUACUUUUUUAUUUUCGUUUUACUUUCACACUAUACCUGCUACCAUUGGCUCCCGUGAUUCCGGUCUACCAUUGAAGAUGGAUAUAUGACUACGUCACUUGAUUUGAUUUACAUCGUCGGAAUACCUCAUGAUCACCAAGAUAAUAGGUCAACUCUGAUCUACGACGCUCAGGUAUUCUUUCCAUAUUUUAUAGGUUUUAGCUUUCAGUUCAUUUUGCUAAAUUCAUAGAAGUACCCCAAAUAUGAUCUAUAAUCACUAGUAAAUUUACAAACAACAUUUAACAUGGUUAUAAAUUUGAUUUUCCUAA